AUGCAUUUCAGUGGUAAACUCUUCGGAGACGACAGCGAACAAUCAUUUGAUCCUUACUUCUACUAUGGACAAGCCCUUUGGAACUCAAUAACUUGAAGAUCAAGUAUUCUCAAAUGCCAUGACUAUCAUGCCAACCGUAGGAGAAGGUGAUGCCAACAACAAUUCAAUCGACGAGGAACAAUAUGGUAAUCCGGAUAAAUUGUCAGAAGACGAACGUGAGCAAAUCAAGGAACAAUUUGACACUGCUUUUUCUGCUGGUGCAGAGAAGGCAGAAGGAUUAGUCGAAACUGAGUAA